AUGCCACGGUGCCUCGCGCCGUGCACAACACACCUCGUGGCCGACGGCCUCACGCAGGUCUCCGACGACGCGUGGGUGCGCGCCGCACGCACGCUGCAUGCCCUCGAGCAUGUGUCGCUGGUGCGCUGUGGCGUGGGCGACGCCGUCGUGUGUGCGCUCGCGGCACAUGCGCCGCGCCUUCGCCUCCUGCGCGUCAACAGCAACGACGCGCUCACACCGGCCGCCUUCGAGACGCUGGCGGACGCGGCGCCCCCCCUCGAGGAGCUGGAUAUCGGCUUUGUGCGCUGCAUUGACGAUGCUCUGCUCCUACGCCUCGUCGAGGCGAUGCCGACGCUCCGUCGCGUGUACCUGUUCGGGUGCCCCAACGUCGUGCGGGGCGUGAGCGCUACCCACCCGCAUGUGACGGUGGUGGGGCGCGAGCGGCGGUAG